CGGCAGCCACCAUGAACAAGCUGUACAUCGGGAACCUAAACGAGAGCGUGACUCCGGCCGACUUGGAGAAAGUCUUCAACGACCACAAGAUCUCUUUCAGCGGGCAGUUCCUGGUUAAGUCCGGCUAUGCCUUUGUGGACUGCCCCGACGAACAGUGGGCCAUGAAAGCCAUCGAAACUUUUUCGGGGAAAGUGGAGCUGCAUGGAAAACAGCUAGAGAUUGAACACUCAGUACCUAAAAAGCAAAGGAGCCGGAAGAUUCAAAUCCGAAAUAUCCCACCCCAGCUGCGAUGGGAGGUUCUGGAUGGCUUGCUAGCACAAUAUGGCACUGUAGAAAACUGUGAGCAAGUGAACACAGACAGUGAGACCGCUGUGGUUAAUGUCACCUACACAAACCGGGAGCAGACCAGGCAAGCCAUCAUGAAGCUGAACGGGCACCAGCUGGAGAACCACGUGCUGAAGGUCUCCUACAUCCCUGAUGAGCAGUCAGUGCAGGGCCCAGAGAAUGGGCGCCGGGGUGGCUUUGGGGCCCGAGGUGCCCCCCGGCAGGGUUCCCCUGUCACAGCAGGGGCUCCAGUGAAGCAGCAGCCCGUGGACAUCCCGCUCCGUCUGCUGGUGCCCACACAGUAUGUGGGUGCCAUCAUUGGCAAAGAAGGGGCCACCAUCAGGAACAUUACCAAGCAGACACAGUCCAAGAUUGAUGUUCACCGUAAGGAGAACGCAGGAGCUGCAGAAAAAGCCAUCAGCAUCCACUCCACCCCUGAGGGCUGCUCUGCUGCCUGCAAAAUGAUCUUGGAGAUCAUGCAGAAGGAGGCAAAGGACACAAAGACAGCUGAUGAAGUGCCUCUGAAAAUCUUGGCCCAUAACAACUUUGUGGGGCGCCUGAUUGGCAAAGAAGGGAGAAACUUGAAGAAAGUGGAGCAGGAUACGGAGACAAAGAUCACCAUUUCAUCCUUGCAGGACCUGACCCUGUACAACCCUGAAAGAACGAUCACAGUGAAGGGCUCUAUCGAGAACUGCUGCAAAGCAGAGCAGGAGAUCAUGAAGAAAGUGAGAGAAGCCUAUGAGAACGAUGUCGCAGCCAUGAGCCUGCAAUCUCAUCUCAUCCCUGGCCUUAACCUGGCUGCUGUCGGCCUCUUCCCUGCCUCCUCCAACGCAGUACCUCCUCCUCCCAGCAGUGUCUCCGGGGCUGCUCCAUACAGCUCCUUCAUGCCUCCCGAGCAGGAGACCGUACACGUCUUCAUCCCUGCCCAAGCAGUCGGUGCCAUCAUUGGCAAGAAGGGCCAGCACAUCAAGCAGCUCUCCCGGUUCGCAAGUGCCUCUAUUAAGAUUGCACCCCCGGAGACGCCGGACUCCAAAGUGCGCAUGGUGGUCAUCACAGGCCCUCCAGAAGCUCAGUUCAAGGCGCAAGGCAGGAUUUAUGGGAAGCUGAAGGAGGAGAACUUCUUUGGGCCGAAGGAAGAAGUGAAGCUGGAGACACACAUCCGUGUCCCCGCCUCGGCUGCAGGGAGGGUUAUUGGCAAAGGGGGCAAAACUGUCAAUGAGCUGCAGAACCUGACGGCUGCAGAGGUGGUGGUUCCACGGGAUCAGACCCCUGAUGAGAACGAGCAGGUCAUUGUGAAGAUCAUCGGGCACUUCUAUGCCAGCCAGAUGGCGCAGCGCAAAAUCCGGGACAUCCUGGCCCAGGUGAAGCAGCAGCAUCAGAAGGGACAAAGCGGCCAGCUGCAAGCGAGGAGGAAAUGAGAGCAGCACUGACACCAAUGUGAAAAGUGGAACAAGCCAAUGCCAGGCUUAAGAGUGGCUGGGAAUCAGUUACCAUAGACAGAUGCAAUUGUUUUCAUUAACUGGUCGACACUAAAAGGCAGUUUGAUUGGCUUUCAAGGCAAGAGGGACGGGGCUAAGAACCAGACCGCACCAUCUGACCCAUUUUUAGCUCCAUGUGCUGACACUGUACUGAACUGAAACGGGAGGUGCUGUGGGGCUGGGGGAUGGAGCCCAACACCAGGCACUGCACUC